AUGUUAUUUGCAUAUUUCUUAGGUGUAAUAGAAAAGAAUAUUAUUCAAAAUAGAUUUACAAAAUCAAAAUGUUUUAAAAGAUAUAUUUAUACAAAUAACAAAAAGACUGUUAGUCUUAACAUGAAUGAAUUAAAAAAACAGUUGGUAAAAAAAUUAGAAAAAACAAAUAAAAAAUAUUUCAAUUCUCUUAAAAAAAAUUCUUACAUAAACAAAUACAACCUACAAGAUGAAAUAUUUCGUAAUUUUGAAAAUGUAAAUUUAUUUAAUUCUUUUUCUACACAAAAAAGGAAAUCAUUUUAUAAUCUUUUAAUUAAAAAUAAAACAAAUAAAAAUAAAAAUGAGAAUCUUCUAAAUAUUAAUAAGAUAAAUAGCAAAUUACCUUUGUUAGAAAAUGAAAGUGAUAAAAUAAAUGAAAUGCUUAAAAUUAUAAACGCAAAUGAAAGAAAAUUAAAUUUUUUUAGGAACUUUUUUUUAAUAAAUUAUAUGCUUAUCAUAUUAGCAAUAUGUUCUCUAUUUGUUUUAUCGGAAGAUAUUAUAAAUAACUAUAUUAUAUCGAAAAUUGAAAAAAUAUUAGAAGAAAUAAAAAAAUCAAAAGAGAUAGAAAAUAAUAUGAAAGAAAUAACAAAUAAUUUAUUAGUUAAAAUAUUACAAGAAGAAAGAAAUAAAACAUUAACUUCAUCAUUUUUGAUUAAUGUACUAAAAAAUUCUAAAAAAGAAAUUGGUGAUAUAUUUAUAGAAAUUUUAGAAACAGAACAUGUAAAAAAAAAAUUAAAAAAUAUAUUUAGUGAUAUAUCUAUUUAUUUAUGUAAUAAUAAGAAUAUACAAAAAAAUUGUUAUCAUUUAUUAUCAGAAGCAAUAUGUUUACCUGCAGCCAUAAAUUCCUCAGAGAAGUGGCUAGUUAACUUAUUUAAUUCUAAUUUUGUAAAAGAAAAUCUUAGAGGUAUUAUAUAUAAGGAAUUAUUUAAAAAUGAUGAAAUGAUUAAUAAUUCUGUUUUAUAUCUUCAAAAUAUUCUUUAUAAUACAAUGCAAAAUGAAAAAACACAAGAACAAACGAAAACUUUUUUUUCGUCUUUAAUAUCUAACCAAGAAUUUCAAUAUCAACUUUCGGAAAAUGUUUGGAAAAUUUUUAAACUAGCAUUAUCACCAAAAUGGAUGAAUAAUGAGGAUUUUAAAAUAGAUAUUAAAGAAACAAAAAAAAAUGAAAUAAAAGAAACACAAUCAAACAAAAAUAAUUUAAAAAAUAUAAAGAAUAUCCAAAAUUGUGAAAAUAAUAUUAUUACUACCGAUAAGAAGAAUAAUGAUAAAGAUGAAUUACAUGAAGAGAAAAACAAAAUUGAUGUUGAAAGUAUAAAAGAAAAAGAAGAAAAAAAAAAUGAUAUUAUAGAGAAAAAAAUCAAUAGUAACAAUGACGAUCCAUUUAAUUAUUUAAAUGAUGAAAACCAUUUAAAAAAAGAGAUAAAAAAGGUGAUAGAAAUUUAUGAAAAUGAAAAUGAAAAUGAAAAUGACAAAAUGAAAAACGAUGCAAUUUAUAACAGUAAGAACAUGAAUCAUUCUGAAAUGAAUAAAGAAAACGAAUUAAUAAAUAAUAAUUUAAAAGGAAAAAAAAUAGAGGAACUAAAUGAAAUAAUAAAUGAUGAUAUUUUAAAAGAAUCUAUAAAACAUAUGUUAGAAAUAUCCUAUACAUUAAAUAAUUUAAAAUCUUUAUUAUUUACUUCUAAUUUUAAUAAAACAAAAUGUUUAGAUAUACCAAUUUAUAAGAUAAAAAACUUUAAAGAAAUAAGUAAAAAUGAUACUCUUCCUUAUUUAAAUAGUAUUUUAAAGAAUAAUAAUAUUAAUAAAUCUAUUAAAUGUUUAGAAAUAGAAAAUAAUAAAUUUUAUGAAGAAAAUCAAUUAUAUGAGUAUUCUAUUGAAGAAAAAAUAAAGUUAGCUAUAGUUGAUAUGUUAUUAUUUUAUUCGUAUAAAUAUUAUUUUUAUUAUUAUUAUAUAAUAAAAUUAAAAUCAAUAUUUCAAAAUAUUUUAAGUAUAAAACAUUUCUAA